AUGAGCCAACCCCCCGAGAAUCGCAUUCAACUUGUCGACAACAGCACCGAACCUCAAUCAGCAGUGACCAUGUCCACCGCACAAGAAGAUAAGGAAACCGUCCAGCAACAGGGAACAGAAGGCCAGGAGAAGCAAUCGGGCUCCUGGGUAUCAAAGCCACAGGAACUAGGCGACAGCGCGGGCGAAAAGGUCGAAAGCGCACUCUCCCCCGUCGGCAAAUACGUCGGCGCUGGCCUCGAAAAGGCUGCCGGCCCUGUGGGCGGCGUCGUUGAUCCGGUCGUCGGUGGCGUCAUGAGAAUGGGCAAAGGCUGGGGAGACCAGCUUGGGGUCGGCUACGGGAACCACGAGGGCGGUCCGGCCAAACAAGAGGAGGCUGAGGGACAGAGGAUGAAAGAGCAGAUCGGGGGCAAGGAACAAAAUGCAGAUAAUCCGCUGGGCUUGUGA